CAUUCAUCACAGUAGAAUGAAAAAUGUGACCACUCAAUUUUAUUAGGUUAAAACAGUUUUAAAAAACGUUACCAGAACACGACAGACACGUUGCCUGUUUUUAAAUUGUUUUAUCUCAGAGGCUGACUUUUUGACUUUUAGAUAAGCAAAUGGAAAAUGAACCACUCCGAAGAAAAAAUCCGGAAAAAGGACGCGAGGGAUAGAUCAAACAUCUUUUCAACCAUCACAUAUUUCUAUACGUUUAACCUGUUCAAAAAAGCGUACAAGUCAGAACUGAACGUUGACGACCUGUACCAAGCACCAGAUGAUCUGAAAUCCGAAAGUUGUGGCAAAAGUUUAGAAAAAUCCUGGAAGAAACGAAAGGAGCGAAGCAAAUUUCCGACAGCCCUCGGUUUAUUAUGGAGGCACUUUGGCAAGUUUUAUCUUUUUCUUGGUGUCGUAGAUCUGAGCUUUCACAUCUUUUACGCAACUCUUCAACCGUUGGCUCUGAGCAAGUUCAUCGACUACUUCAGCACCGACACGGAACUCACCAAAGACGAUGCGUUUUAUUAUGCGGGAUUGAUGCUAGUUUUGAACUUUUGUCGGAUAUUCUUUAUGCACAACUAUUCGCUGAUUAUCAUGAAGUUUGCCCUCAAAGUUCGAACCUCUUUUACCGCAUUGCUGUACCGAAAAAUACUCAAAAUCUCACCGAAAGCCUUAAAUGACAUCAGUUUAGGUAAUAUCGUCACUAUUGUGACUAAAGACGUGGCGUCGUUUGAAAAAAACGUUUUUAUGGUGAACGACAUGAUUUUUUGCACCUUGGAGUGCGGUUACGUUACGUAUUUAAUCUAUUCCAAAAUUGGGCCGGUCACAUUUGUUGGCAUUGGUAUUAUGAUUGGGGUGUUACCUCUCCAAGGAUUCUUGGCAAAACUUGUCGUAAAGUGGAGGUUAAAAAUGGCGAAGAAAACGGACGAAAGACUUCAAGUAUUGCAGGAAACAUUGUCGGCCAUUAAAAUUAUAAAAAUGUGCGUCUGGGAAAAAGCGUUCGAGAAGAAACUGUUCUCGACUAGAAUAGAAGAACUGAAAUUGAUGAUCAAAGUCUUUUAUUUGCAAAUCAUAGUCUAUUUGAUCGGUAGCACCACAUCUAAAAUAGCAUUUUUCUCUACCAUUUUGGCCUACAUCAACAUGGGUUAUCCAGCCAGAGCCGAACUAGUCUAUUACGUUCUGUCCUGCUUUAGCACAAUACAGGGACUGUGGGGCAUUUCGAUCCCCUACGGUUGGACCAAUGCCGCCGAAAUGUAUGCUGCUUUAAUUAGAUUAAACACUGUACUAAACGCUGAAGAAGUGGAGAAGAACAUUCCGACGCAAAAAAUGGAUGGUGUAGCUUUGGUUGACUUGGAUCAAGUUACGGUUAAGAAAAAUUUAUUAGAAAAGGUGACAGCAAAAGCUACAAACGGGAUGAUGGUGGUUGUUACUGGGCCUAUUGGAUUAGGAAAAUCUCUUUUACUAAAGACGAUCCUGAGAGAAUAUUCAGGUGGCUGCUUGAAAGUGAAAGGUUCCAUUUCUUAUGCCUGCCAAGAUCCUUGGUUGUUUCCGACUACGAUAAGGCAAAACAUAUUAUUCGGUGAAAAGUACAACGAACAACGCUACAAAGAAGUGAUAAGGGUUUGCGCUCUCCAAUAUGAUUUUGAUGUGUUGGAUUAUGGGGAUGAUACCAUUGUGGCAGACAAAGGUAUGAAUUUGAGCAAAGGGCAACAAGCUAGAAUCAAUUUGGCCAGAGCAGUCUAUCGAAACAGCGACAUUUACUUGCUGGACGAUCCUCUAACAUCUCUAGACGGAAAGAUACAAGACUACAUAUUCAAUGAGUGCAUCAAAAACUUUCUCAAAGAGAAACUAGUCGUUCUUGUCUCUCAAUAUGACAAACACAUACAUCAAGCCGACAAAGUUUGGAUUGUAGACGACGGAAAAUUGAUGGUGGUCGAUCAUUUCUCUCCAAAACUCACCACAGGAACCACUGACAAUUCCAAUGGUUUUAACGAAGAAAGUCUAUCUCAAGUAGAGAACGAGAAAAAUAGCCACAAACCCACAGACAUCUCGGUUUACCAAGAAUCAACGCAGGAAGGGGCGGUACCCUUAAAGCAUUACAUAAGUUAUAUAAAAUUAGGAGGUGGAUUUUUACUUCUCUUCGUGGUAUUUAUGUUUUGUGUUGGUUCUCAAGCGACCAGCAGUUACCUCAGCACUCUGUUAACAAAAUGGGUGGACUUGAACCAAGAAAUUAUCAAUCUCUCUAACAAUACCAACUCCACGGAGUAUCAAGAAACGGUUGACGAAAAUCGUUGGACUAUUAACAUGUAUAUGUACAUGUUAGGAGCUUUGGUGUUUAUGGAUUUUGGUCUUUCGGGUUUCCAUCUUGUUUUCGUCAAAAGAUCGGCCCAGAAAAUUCAUAAACUUAUGGCAACGUCCGUCAUCAAUGCGGUCAUGUCGUUUUUUGAUUUUACCUUUAUUGGGAAUAUAUUAAAUAGAUUUUCGCAAGAUUUAAGUAUUGUUGAUGAACUGUUAGCAUUCAGACUCCUCGAAAUGUUAAGGGUACCCAUCGAGAUAAUCGCAAUAAUCAUAGUGAUCACACAUAUAAACUGGAAAUUUCUUCCUUUAUCUUUCGUAUUUAUAGUCUUUGCUGUUCUUUUGAGAUUUCUUUACAUACCUGCAGGAAGAAGUUUGAGAAGACUUGAAUGCACAACGAGGAGUCCGAUGAUUGGGCACUUGAACUGUUCCUUAGAAGGUUUGACGACAAUCAGAGCGUUCAACAAACAAAAGAUACUCACCAAAGAGAUGGACGAACACCAAGACUUGUACACAUCUGCGAGAUUCAUGUCCUAUUACACCAACAGAGGUUUCGCUUUCCUCCUGGACGUCACUUGUGUGUUAUUGUUGUCCAUCAUUAUAAUCAGGUUCCUGUUCUUCGACACUGAAAUUUCUGCGGGGAGCGUUGGUUUGGGGUUGACCCAAGUGAUGGGGCUGUCCGAUACGAUACAAUGGGGAGUCAGACAAUGGUCCGAAACUGAAAACCAGAUGACUUCCUUCGAAAGAGUCAUGGAAUACACAAAAAUUAAACAGGAAGACAAAUCUGGAAAAACUUUAAAAGACUGGCCGAAAAAAGGCAGCAUUAAAUUCAAAGAUGUGUGUUUGAAUUAUAGCAAAAACGAAAAAGUUCUGAGGGACGUGACGUUUGACGUCCAAUCCGGACAGAAAGUCGGGAUCGUUGGAAGAACUGGUGCCGGCAAAUCAUCAAUUGUCUCCAGUUUGUUCAGGCUGUAUCCCAUCCAAGGCGACAUUUACAUCGACGAUCUGAAGAUAAAAGAUCUAGCGUUAGAUUUCUUAAGGAAGAAUAUUGUUAUCAUUCCGCAAGACCCUGUUUUAUUUUCGGGAUCGAUUCGGUUCAAUUUAGAUCCGAACGGAACGUUUUCCGAUGAAGAGAUCUGGAGAGCCAUCGACAAGGUCGAGAUGAAGGAUCUGGUAGGAAAAUUAGAUGAUGAGAUCUUGUGCAAGUCAGAUUUCAGUGCGGGUCAAAGACAGUUGUUGUGUUUGGCCCGUGCCAUUAUUUUGGAAAGCAAGAUCGUCGUUCUGGACGAAGCCUCCGCCAAUUUGGAUGCAAAAACCGAAAAAAUAUUACAACGUGUAAUCAAGGAGAACUUUUCGAAUUCCACUCUAUUUUUAAUCGCUCACAGAUUAAAUUCCAUUAUUGAUUCUGACAAGAUUUUGGUUUUAGAUAAUGGAGAAGUCGUCGAGUUUGAUUCACCUCGAAUUCUGUUGAAGAAUAUCAACAGCUAUUUUUAUAACAUGAUGGGACGUUUUCGACGCGACGUGUAAACAAUACUAUCAGUGAAUUAAAAUAAAAACAACAAUUUCGUAUAUAUCUAAGCACAUUUGCAAAGGAUUCCUGUAGUAACAGUGGUGCGAAUGACGGGAAUUACCUUUAAAUGUGAACGUGACAACACAAGAUUUCAUUAUUUAAACAUUGUUCACUACGUUUGGAAAUUAGUUGUUAAAAUUGGUGGAGAAGACUGCAAAAAUAGUAUUUGUGUUAAAUGUGUU